CUCAUCUUCUUAAAACUUGUUUUCUCUUUCUCUCUUCUUCAUUCAAUCAAAUUAGAUCAAAACCUAUUUUCUUGCUCCCAAAUUCGAAAUAAUCGACGCUUUUCUAUACUUUUUUUUUUUAACAAGUAGAGUUUCCCAAAAUAUUGGAUAUCACUUCUCAUAUAAUAAGUUUUCAAAUUUCGGAAAAAAAAUGAGUUGCAAUGGAUGUAGAGUUCUUCGAAAAGGUUGCAGCGAAACAUGCAUCCUUCGACCUUGCCUUCAAUGGAUCGAAUCCGCAGAGUCACAAGGCCAUGCCACUAUCUUCGUCGCUAAAUUCUUUGGCCGUGCCGGUCUCAUGUCUUUCAUCUCCGGCGUACCCGAAAUCCAACGUCCAGCUUUGUUUCAGUCGUUGUUGUUUGAAGCGUGUGGGAGGACGGUGAAUCCGGUUAACGGAGCGGUUGGUAUGUUAUGGACUGGGAACUGGCACGUGUGCCAAGCGGCGGUUGAGACUGUUCUUCGCGGCGGAACUUUGAGACCGAUCUCAGAUCUUCUUGAAUCUCCGUCGUUGAUGCUCUCCUCCGAUGAGUCUUCCGAGAUUUGGCAUCAAGACGUUUCAAGAAACAAAAACCACCAUUGUCGCUUCACCACCUCCAGAUCUAAGACGGAGAUGAAAGACUCUCUGGUUAACCGGAAACGAUUCAAGUCCGAUUCGGAUCUUGAUCUCCAAGUGAACGACGGUUUAACCCUAACCGCUCAGGCUGUACCGGUUCCUUUUCUUCCUCCGUCGACGUUUUGUAAGGCGGUUAACGGUGAUCGUCCGGGGAGUCCAUCGGAGGAAUCUGUAACGACGUCGUGUUGGGAAAAUGGUAUGAGAGGAGAUAAUAAACAAAGAAGAAACAAAGGAGAGAAAAAGUUAUUAAACCUUUUUGUUUAAAACCGACGACGCAAAACACUCAAAGAUUUUGAGGCUCUUUUUUAGGGUUAUCAGUUAUGAGUGGGAAUGGAUAUUUAGUUAAGCCGCAUAGUUAUUGGCUAGUUAAUGAUUUUCUCUAUCGAGAAAUACUGAAAUAUGAUAAAAUUUUGGGGUUAUAUAUUUUGCCGAUGAGAAUAAAUAAUCUGUUGAGAAUUGUUUCAUUUCUUACAUAUGGUCUGUAUUUUCAUGUUUUUUUCCAAGUUUCGAAACUCAUUUAAAGAA